GCGGGCCGGGCCUGAGAAGCGGAGAACCGAGGGAAGCGCUCGGGCCUCGGGCUGCCAUUUUGGAGGGGCAGAGCGCGUGCGCGCGGGGCCGCAGGACCUACCACCCACCACCCAAACAUCCCCCCACCGGACGGGUGACGAGGACCCUCCGAUCUGCCCUUCGGCAUAAUGUACAGGACAAAAGUGAGUCUGAAAGAUCGCCAGCAGCUGUACAAACUGAUCAUCAGCCAGCUGCUCUACGACGGCUACAUCAACAUUGCCAACGGCCUCAUCAAUGAGAUCAAGCCCCAGUCAGUGUGCGCGCCCUCCGAGCAGCUCCUUCACCUCAUCAAACUAGGAAUCGAAAAUGAUGACAGUGCCGUUCAAUAUGCCAUUGGACGUUCAGAUACAGUUGCCCCCGGCACAGGGAUUGACUUGGAAUUUGAUGCAGAUGUCCAGACCAUGUCUCCAGAGGCUUCAGAAUAUGAAACCUGCUACGUGACGUCUCAUAAAGGUCCCUGCCGGGUAGCUACAUACAGCAGAGAUGGACAGCUAAUAGCUACCGGCUCAGCUGAUGCUUCAAUAAAGAUACUUGAUACAGAGAGGAUGUUGGCAAAAAGUGCCAUGCCUAUUGAGGUCAUGAUGAAUGAAACCGCACAGCAGAACAUGGAAAAUCAUCCUGUUAUUCGAACUCUCUAUGAUCACGUGGACGAAGUUACGUGCCUAGCUUUUCACCCAACUGAGCAGAUCCUAGCCUCUGGUUCAAGAGACUAUACUCUUAAAUUGUUUGAUUACUCCAAGCCAUCUGCCAAAAGGGCCUUCAAGUAUAUCCAGGAAGCUGAAAUGUUACGCUCCAUCUCUUUCCAUCCUUCCGGAGACUACAUUCUCGUCGGCACACAGCACCCUACCCUGCGGCUCUACGAUAUCAACACGUUCCAGUGUUUCGUGUCUUGCAACCCUCAAGAUCAGCACACCGACGCCAUCUGUUCCGUUAACUACAACCCUAGCGCCAAUAUGUACGUGACCGGGAGCAAAGACGGAUGCAUCAAGCUGUGGGACGGGGUCUCGAACCGAUGCAUCACUACCUUCGAAAAAGCCCACGACGGGGCGGAGGUCUGCUCGGCCAUCUUUUCCAAAAAUUCGAAGUACAUCCUGUCGAGCGGGAAAGACUCCGUAGCGAAACUCUGGGAGAUAUCAACGGGACGAACGCUGGUCAGGUAUACAGGUGCCGGUUUGAGUGGACGGCAGGUCCACCGGACUCAAGCUGUCUUCAACCACACGGAAGACUACGUGUUACUUCCCGAUGAGAGGACAAUUAGUCUGUGCUGCUGGGACUCACGAACAGCCGAACGGAGAAAUCUGCUCUCCCUGGGGCACAAUAACAUUGUCCGCUGUAUAGUUCAUUCUCCCACUAAUCCCGGCUUCAUGACUUGCAGUGAUGACUUCAGAGCUCGGUUUUGGUACCGGAGAUCGACCACAGAUUAGAGACAUUUUCACCAAAUAAUUUCCUCUAACCCCCUUUAAAAGUUUUUGUUUUUGUUUUUUGUUUUUUUCCCCAUCACCAGUUUAAAUAGUAGAGCGACUUUUUAAAACGUACCUAAAUUCACUAUACCAUCCUGUGGCAAUGUGAUACGGAUAAUCGAGCCAUCCAAAAUUUUUACAAGUCUUUUUUUUAACCUUGAUGUAGAAUCAUGGUGGAAAAAGUUGGAAAUGCAGAUAUGUGUACUUUUUCCUCAUUCACUGAUUGUUACGGUGUGCUCAUCGUCGGUUUUGUAAGUACAGCAUUUAGCAAUUUCUAUCACAAUAGAGUUAAUCCUUGCUUUAAGGAUGGAUUUUUAAAAGUGUUCACUUGAAUAAUUCCUGAGUCAUUGUAGACAAAAGUCUCAUGAAGAAUUGUAAUUUGAUUUUUUUUUUUUUUUAACAUCUUACACAUUGUAUUGCUACUGCCCUACCUGAGGAUUCCACUAACUCCACAGAAAUUUGCGGGGAGCCAAGUGGUUCCACGGUAAAAAGCCGAAUUUUGUGCCAUGACAAUAUUGGAACCACUUUGAACUGAGAACCCCCAAAAUUUUAAAUUCUGAUGAUAAAGCACCAAUCUGCAGUCUCGUAUUUAAUUUUGACACUUUUGAUUCAGCUAAUCGAUCCUGGGUUUUUUUCCUUAAGACAUAAAGAAGGAGAUGUACAUUCAUAGCACUCCUGCAGCUCUUUCCCAGCAGCUCAUUUUUCAGCUGUCGUAUGGACAGGAUGCUCGGCAGAUUGAGAUGUUGGGACAGAGCAUAAAUUGAGAGGCCAUCAUGACACACAUGUCUGGAUGGUAGGCAUUACCUAUCAUGAGUCACUAACCUACAAGAAUCACUUGUAUCUCUUAACCUUUCUUCCCUAUAAUUUUUUUAAUGUCUCUCCCUUCAGAGUGAGUGUUUAAACUCCUCAUUGAUCCAGGAAAUAGCUGCCCAGACCGCAUCCUCCUCUUGAGAAGAAAACUCUGAGGAGGCAUGGUACAACUGAUCAGUUGACAGGCCCAUCCUGAAAACUUUGAGGUAAAACAGUUCCUGGUAACUGAUUUUUUUUCCCAGCUGGAUAAAAUAAAAGCUCUAAAACACUGCUGUCACCGUAUACCCCCAAAAUGCAAAAAUCAAAAACCCAAACCUAAUCAUUCUCAUCCAAACACAAACCCGAGUUAAUACGUUGUAUAAUAAUUGCUGUUCGGAAACCUGCCCCGCAACUGAUCUUUCAGUGAAUCUAUUUCCUCGGCUGGCGGAAGCUAUUUUGAGAUGUAACUGUAUAAGCUGGCAACGAGGUCCUUUUUUAAAGUCCUCUCAGUUUUGGCCGUCGUGGUCUGGACGUGUUUUGUCCAUUUCUAAAUGUACCGACGCUUCACCGGGGAGGAAUUAUCCCAUCCGCUUUUAGUAUAAAUAUUUGUCAAGUAAGAGCUAUUGUCUAAUCACAGGACUACGUGCAAAAGCUCUUUCUUUUUAAUGGUAACAAUAACAUCUCUGUGGUUUGAGUAAUAGUACAAUGACAAAGAGUUGGGGUACCUGGAAAAAUUAUCUGCGGUCUACUUGUUCUGGUUGUGUUGGGUGACUCGGUGUCUUUUGUCUAAAUCUUGAGCAUGCCUAGAAGAACUAUAUGUGAUCAGUGGAUGUUAAAUUGGAAGGAAUUGAAGUGGAAACAAGUAAAACAGAUUGACUGAAUGGCGGUGUGACAUCCUGCAGAGAAGCAGGGGGUAGGAUGCUGAUUCUGGCUCUUCCCCGUUCCGCAGGGUAACUUUUGGAAAGACAUUAAAUCAGCUGUUUAACCCUCCAAUUUUAAAACAUCUGCACUUGAUGGAACUUGGUCAUCGUACACAUGCACUCCAAAAACGUGUUUGAAUUGGCUGUAUGUGUCCGUGAAUUAAAAUUUUGUGACAAAACCUCUCUGGCUGCUAAACGACCCCUCAAGCGGUAUAUUUUUAGAAAACUUCAGUUUGUAAAAUACUUUCCCAUAUAUCCAGAGAGACUCUUUUUUGAUCCCACUGAUGUUCCGAAGACUUGCGUGUGCCAGAUAUACUCUGUGAACCAAAUCUUCGUUUUCUGUAUCACCUGAAACCGUGGCUGUCGUAUGCUGAAGAUUAGUAUCCGAUUUCUAUUGUACAUUUUCUAGACUAUGAAAUCUCCAAAAUUAAAAACUAUAUUUGUGUAUGA